AGUUCUAGGGUUUUUGAUCCUUAAUACUUAGGGUUUCCGUUUUCUUUCAUUUUGGUUCCUCUGCAUCUCUCAGGGCUCUUUCGGGGGGAAAACGUAAAACGCAGAUACCUUAGUUCCUUCUGGAAAUAUCAAAACAAUGAGCACAACAGUACAGAGAACCCCCAGGUCGGGAAGACAGUCAUUGUUUUUCCAGGAUUUGGCAUCUCCUGUUUCUUCCAGGAGAGGAAAAUUCACAAGUUCAGGUCAGGCAGCAGCAGUAUCAGCACUAUGGCAUGACAAUUUUGCGGGUUCAGAUCUUCCACCCCCUCCUAUGUAUACCUUGGAAGACCGCUCAGAUUUUUCUCCUGAAUCUGGAAUUCUGGAUUACCCAGUAUCCCCUGAAAUCAAGUCAGACUUGAGGACUCCUGUUCAUGGUUCUGGUCGGGAUUUUUUAACUCCAGUAAAAGGCAAAUCUGAGGCAAGCACUUCUUCAGCAAGUUUGAGCUGGUGGUCCCCUGCUAAGUCUGGUGGUGAUCAAGAAGAGAAAGGAAAGGGUUCUCCUGUAGAGGGUGUGGUUCAGCCUGGUGCUUUAAUAACGCUUCCACCCCCGAGGGAAGUUGCAAGGCCUGAGAUGCAGAGGAAUUGCUUACCUGCAGGGAAUCUUGAUGAGGAAGAAUGGGUUACUGUUUAUGGAUUUUCCCCAGGGGAUACUAAUUUAGUUCUGCGAGAGUUUGAAAAGUGCGGUGUGAUUUUGAAACAUGUGCCAGGCCCACGAGAUGCUAAUUGGAUACACAUUUUAUAUCAGAAUCGAUCUGAUGCUCAGAAAGCUCUCAGCAAGAAUGGGAUGCAAAUAAAUGGAGUUCUUAUUGUGGGCGUGAAACCAUUGGAUCCAAUGCAGCGCCAGGCUCUGAAUGAAAGGCUUAACAAUCAAGGAUUUAUGACUUUACCCCCUCCAGCAUCCAGUAGAAGCUUGGAGUCAAACCCUUCGAGAGUCUCUCCUCGCCCUUAUUAUCUUCAAAAUGGAAGUAAUGCCCGACAGUCAUCUGGUGCCAUUGCUUCUCCAGCAAAAUCAGUGGUGUCAAAGAUCAUGGAUUUGAUGUUUGGUGUGUAGACAAACAAACCGGUUUCUUGCUCUCUUAUUUGUGCUUUUAUGGCGUGUUUUCUUCUGAUGGCAAAACAUGCAUGAUGAGAUAGUAAUAUUAGAAUUGAGGUUUAGGAGCGCAUCUUUUCAGCUUUCAUCGGCUUCUGACAAGGGUCUUUUGGAAGUUCCAUUGUUGGCCCAGAUCGGCAGGUUAAAUUCUUGUUGUGGUUAUGGUUAUUGGCUAAAAAUAUAGAUGACCUAUUAUUCCAGAUUGAGAAAUGUUACCAAUUCCUCCGGGUUCAGAAAUUGUUCAUUUCUUUUUGUUAUGGUCAUGGGGCUUGUAUAAGGUCUUACAAGACCACUCCUUGAAUGUUGUGACAGCAGAUUAUCAAUUGAGAUCAAAAUUUAAGUAUGCUA